AUGCGCUUACGGAAUUCUAUCGCACUCGUAUGGCCGACCUACGCAGUCGCCUCUAUCCACCUUGCAGCACAGGCCUCCUCUUGUGUCCUAGAUUAUACAUCAAUACUUCCGAGACCGAUUGAAGUAUCCAUAUCAGCCGAGUAUGGAGAGUUCAUACGCACCAUGGGUAGCGGCUCAUCCGCUACAGUCUCAACCUACCGUCGUUAUGCAGAUAAUAAAACAGUGGCUAUCAAGGAAUACAGAUUGCCCUCAUGCACCACCGACGAGACUCAAGAAACCAAGUUGGAGUACCAUCUAGGGGCUAUGGUCUCGAACAUAUCUUCGAUGACACCAACUCUGGAUUUACUCCAUUUUUCUUCGGCAUGCCAAUGCCUUAUGGACCUCCGCCUCACUUUAGGCCCACAAGAGCUCGUCGACAUCAUAUUGAGCCUCGAGGUGGGCAUACAUGCCAUGCACAGUCUCGGUAUCUCACAUGGCGACAUCAAGCUCGAAAAUGUACUCCUGACAUCGGAUCAAAAACCUAAGCUGAUUGACUUCGGAAGUGCGACGUUCCAUCGCUGCAGAGUUGAUGCUCUAGAAGCCGAGACCAACGUGGCGCCAGGCGAUUAUGGCACACCAGCGUAUCUCCCACCCGAAGUUUUCACCUCGUUGGAGUAUGACAGGGCGAAGGCGGAUCUAUGGGCUUUGGGCGUGUUGGCAUACGUUCUGUUCGCAGGAAGAAUGCCGUGGAAGUUGGCCAGUCUAAGAGACUCGAGUUGGCGGGAAGUCUUGGGCAUCGAGGUUACAGACAGCCAUUGGUGUGUAGCUCCCAAGUCCAUUGUGACUCAUGCUAUCUGUACUUCUGAGAUGGCUCAGGUGGUCGGUGAGGUUCCUGAGACGAUUCGAGAUACAAUAGCAAGAUGGCUUGAGAUUGAUCCGGCAUAUCGUUCCUAUAGUAGUUGA